CCUGUUUUUAUUUAGGGUUAUGUUAUCGAAUUUUGGAAAGAAAAUCCGAAUAUUUUUAAGUUUUAUUUUUUAUCAACGUUUUUACAUAUUUAAAAUUAUGGAAGGUUCUUUGGAACUGAGAAACAUUAACGAUAUUAGAGAUAACCGGACUGAACAGGGGAUAGACUCGACGAAAACCACACAGGAACAGAUCCAAGUAGAAAACACUGUACUAAGAAAAUAUGAAGAGAUACAAAAUUUCUUAAGAUUAAAUCCAGAUUUACCUGAACUCACCAUGGAAAGGCACAGGAAGUUUCUGCGAGACUCCCUUAUAUAUUUAUCAUCAAAUUAUGAGUGUCUUGAUGCAAGUAGACCUUGGCUAUGCUAUUGGAUUUUACAUGCGUUGACGCUCCUAGGAGAAAGAAUUGAUGAAAACCAUAAAAGUUCUAUUGCUAAGUUUUUGGGCAAAUGCCAAAGCCCUUUGGGUGGGUUUGGAGGUGGUCCAGGCCAGUAUCCCCAUUUGGCACCCACCUAUGCCGCAGUAAAUGCUUUGGUUAUUUUAGGAACAGAGGAAGCAUUUAAGCUUAUCAAUAGGGACAAGCUUUAUAAAUUUCUGCAAAGUGUUCGGCAACCAGACGGGUCUUUUGCCAUGCAUGUCGGCGGAGAAAUAGAUAUUAGAGGAGCUUAUUGUGCUUUAUCAGUUGCUAGUAUGACCAAUAUAAUUACUCCGGAAUUAGUGGAUGGCACUGCAGAAUGGAUAGUAAGUUGUCAGACCUACGAAGGUGGCUUUGCUGGCUGUCCAAGCUUGGAGGCACAUGGUGGCUAUGCAUUUUGUGGCUUAGCAGGUCUGGUCAUUUUAAAUAAAGGACAUUUAUGUGAUAAGCAAGCCUUAUUGAGAUGGUUAGUACAAAAACAGAUGAAACUAGAAGGAGGUUUUCAAGGGAGGACGAAUAAAUUAGUGGACAGUUGUUAUUCGUUUUGGCAAGGCGGUGCUUUUCCACUUAUAUAUUCCUUGCUUGCCAAAGAUGGACGAACACCGAAGGAACAUCUUUUUGAUGCCCGUGCUCUUCAGGAGUACAUCCUAAUAUGUUGUCAACACCCACAGGGAGGUAUCGUGGAUAAGCCGGGGAAACCGAAGGAUGCCUAUCACACUUGUUACGCAUUAAGCGGCUUAUCGAUAGCACAGCACUUUAUAAAUAAGAAAUGUGUCUUGGGAAGUUAUAGGAAUGAAUUGGCUGUUACACACCCCUUAUACAACGUAAGACCCGAUUUUGUGAGGAGAGCAAUACUCUACUUUCUUAGCUUAAAAUCAAAAGUUUUAUCAUGAUAUUUCGUGGAAAAACUUUAUUUAAAGAUUAUUCACUUGUGUUUUUUGUGAAUUUGCAAAGGCUGAUAAUAUGUUCUAAGUACUUACCAAGAAUUAGUUUUAUUUAUACAGAUGUGUUUUUAAUUAAGAUUGUUUCAGGUAUUUUAAGCUAUACCAACCAUUCGAAGUUUUAAUAUAUUUUGUUAUAAGAUGUGGUCCAGAACAGUUCUAUAAUAAGAGAUUAUAAAAAAUA